CUUUCGCAUGUGCUCUGUGCUCUUUGCUGGGGCCAAGGUGGAGUCCAAGAAGGAAAGCUGUGGGGGGCGCUGGUUGGAGCCCUUGGAAGUUGGAAGAGACGACUCAGGAGAGGGUGUGUGGGCUGGGAGAUCAGGAGAGACCUCGGGAUUCGUUCUUGGCCGGAGUUCUCUUGUCGACAUCAAAUCAAGCUGAGAAGAAGAUCAGGGUGUCCUGCACUUGUGUGGUUUCUGAGCUACUAACACUUCACGCCAGGAGCUCGUCAAGGCCAUCUGCAAAACUGGCAAACCACAAGAGAGAAGGGUCGGGGUCAUGGAGUCCUCCGCCUGUGCGGGGGCUCCGCCAUCCCAAGAUGGACCCCGACCAGCCAAGAACGACGAGGAGCUCGCAGAAUGGGGCUCUCAGUCUCGUGUCAAACAUCGAGCAGCAGAUGGACUACAGAGAGCUUGCGACGCGGCUAACUGUUAGUGAGAGGAGGAGGGUGCUUGAGGCUGCCGUCAAGCAGCUGUUCCAUCCCAAGAUUGAGGAGGACUGUGGUGUUUGCUGCAUGGUGUUCUGUGUCCAGUUUGAGGACGGGACGCAGUUGGCAGGAUGCUCCAGCAACUACCAGGAGGAGCUGCAGAAGACCAGAGACGAUGUGUCCCGUGUAGCUCAAAAGGAAGGGCAAAUGUCCAUCGAGAUAACUGAUCGGAAGGGGAACCCCAAGCCCUGUGCUGAGCUAUUUGGAAGGAGCGAUGCCACUGGAAAGAGCAAGAGCAAGUUCCGGGAGCUGCAUCCCCUCGUUGCUCGCUUGAUCGCCAAGGUGACCGACGGCAACGUCCCCAGGUCCAAAUCAAAGGAGCCUGCUUGGUGGCCCAAGGAGCUCUCUGGCAUGUACGCUUGCCGCACCAAGGAGCUCGGCAUCGACGGCUGCGUCGCCGUUCUCGACAACCUCUUUGCAAAGGUCCGGCACUCGCUCCCCGAGAUCCGCGACCUGCGCUCGAGCCUCGACUGCGACUUCCUCGCCACGCUGACCCCAUGCACGCGCGCGACGCUCGAGGCCUACUUUGACUGGCUGGAAGCGGACGCCGAGGAGCCCGCUGUCGUCAACCCUCCCCCAGGAAACAAGGCCCGCCGGUCCGGGCCAGGGGGGAAGCGCAAGAGGGAGCUGCAGCCCCCUGCGCCGCUCGAGCUGCCCGCCGUGCACCGCGCUUUCCAGCCCGGGGGGGUUGAGGUUUGCUCUCCGGCUGGGGGGGGACUUCACGCCAGGAAGUUUAGCGAGGGGCUGCCAACAGAGGAUGACAUGCAGGCGGUGCUCGAGGAGCUGACAAAGCUUGAGGGGGGCUGCGUGCAGCAGGAGAACCUGCCCCCCGUGCCUGGCGCGUUCGGAAGCACGGGCUCACUGGCCGCGGCCCUCGCACGGACAAACUCUUUUCAGCGGGCGGCGAUGCUGAGCAGCUUCGGGCGCUCAAACUCAUUCACAGCGGCGGCGGCAGCCGCGGCACUGGCCCGCAUCGACGCGAGUAUGCCCCUGUCCCCCCUGGGGCAGAACAAGAGCAACGUGAUGCCUUUUGAGGGAGACGGCCUUAGCCCCAGCAGCAGUGACGUCACUGCAGCUCUGAGCGGCGACACCGCGCCAGUGCAGCAGUGGGGGGUGAAGGAGGAGCCGAUCGACUUUGCGGGGGGGUGCUUCUGGGCUGGCGACAACCUCAUUGCCAGCGGGGGGUUUGACGGCCAGGACAUGAACCAGGUUGAGGCGGCCAAGUACAUGGAGGAUGGGUGGAUGCAGUCUGCCAUGGAGUAGACGAUGGAUGUUCCACGAUUACAGGAGAUGGAGCCAUAGAUCGGUUUGGGAAGUGUAGGUAUUACAAGGCAUCUGUUUGUAAGAUAGGGAUUAGCCACGCUGUUUUGGGAGGAGCCUUGUCUCGUGAGAAGGAUAGGGCCCGCUCGCCCGCUGUUGGUCUUGCUAGUCGGCGACAACUGGGUCCCGAGUAGCAGUACCAACAGGGGUAGGGCCAGAUAGAGACAAAGCAGAAGCUUAGUAGUUACUAGCCAUAUCAGAACCCUACGUUUUGCACCUUUGCUUUUCACAAAUCAAAAAGACUGCCCCUGUUGGAUUCGCUAGUUGUGGACAUCUGGGUCCCAAGUAGCGCCUCCAACAGGUGCCUACCAUAACAGACGCAUAGCCUGCCUAGAUUUUGAAGAGGAGCAGACAGUGAGAUCGUUUUGUUAUAUUGCAAGACUUGUAAAUGUAGUGAAUAAGAGCACCGUGUUGGCUUCACUAAGGUUGGCAAUUGGGUCUUCCAUAGUUUAGCCAACAUGGACUGCUCUUGAAAGGACCAAGUUCCAAAUUACAAUCCGAUUAAAGGAAGGUGUUCCACGUGUGCCGUCCAAGCUGUUCAGCAUUUCUUUUUCCAACCAACUACCCGUUGUGUGUCCACAUUCUUUGACAGAAGG